UCUAAACCACAGAACAGUUUCUUGUGUGUUGUUAAUAGAGUUUUUGGAAAAGUGAUCCAAGCAAUAUUUUUUUGUGCUAUUUAUUAUUAGAGUCUUUAUCAUUAAGAGAACAAAGUCACAUUUGGAAGAUUGGUUUUUAAGGUAACAUUCCAAAUGUGGAAAAUCAGAUCUAAGACGAGGACUCACAACCUUGAAAUAUAUGUUAUCUUUUUAUUUAUUUUCUAUAGGGUGAUGGAAAGGCUUGCAACUUUGAGUGAUUUGAGGCUUUAUGUUUGUUAUGCAGGUAAUGGGGAAGGAGUAGUGCUGCUAGAUUAUGGCAAUGAUACUCACUUGACCCCAGGGGGUGGAUUUGGACAAGCCUACCCACAGAAAAAGCCUCAAGCUUCAAUCCAUCAUUUCCAUGGGACAGGAAAACAGACCCAAAAUAAUGUCCCCUACACACAUCCAGUGCCAUUUCCUGCAGACUACGCUACUAAUCCUCCUUAUAUGAGUGGACCAAGCUAUCCUGCAGCUACUGGACCAAGUUAUCAAACACCCAGAACAACUCCUGCACCACCACACUCAAAGGUCAAUCAUGCUCCCACUUUUUUCCCAAGUAAUGGUGGCAUGGCACCUAGUUAUUUUAACAUGCCAUCAUCAUCAUCAUCUGGGGCAGGUCCUAGGCCAAGAGGGCCUCCAGGAUUUGCAAUUGGGGCAGGUGCAGGAGCAUUGGCAGCUGGGGCUGUAAUGUUUGGUGAUAACUUCAUGUCACAAUUAGGUGAUCCCACUCUUACCAUUGCCACUGACCCUCUUUUCUGAUCAACAAGAGUUAAGCAGCUUCUGUAAUUAUUCUAUUGGGCUGCACACAUUAUGGCCAUUAUGCCAUGAGAGUUUUCUUCUUCUGUCUGAAUCUGAAAUCAAUUUUUUUAGAGGUGUUAUGACUACUCUUUUUGUUUAGUUUCAUGGUGCUCUCUUUCUAGUAAAAAAUGUCUGCAAUACCUUGUCUUGUUAUAUAUUAGAUGAACAGAGGCAGUAUUGUAGAUCCAAUUGACUAAACAAGGAUACAGGGAUGAAAACACACAAAGUGGCAAAGGUUUUUGCUUGAAGAAAGCCUUAUGCCUAUUAUGUAACAUGAAGUUUGCUUGCUCGUGAUUUUCUACUGAUCUUGGUUUUCUUGGCAAGUUGGAGAAAGUUUUUUGUCUGCAACAAUGAUAGUGAAGUUUAAACUUGAAAU